CAACUUCUUGAAAACUUUAGUGUUAAAUAUUUUUAUUUUUAAUUAUAAAAUACAAAAUGGUGCGCGCUUAUGAACAACGUUUGGAUACAUCGGUUCUAAAAAAUGUGUUUAUAGAUAAACAUAGUGUUGAAUCACAAAUAAAUAAAAUUCUUACUAAGUAUUCUGUAACCGAACGUAAGAAUUAUGAAAAGUGGUUAAUAAAAGCAAUAUCUUUAAUUGAUUUGACCACAUUAUCAGGCGAUGAUACUCGUUCAAAUGUUACUAAGCUAUGCGUAAAGGCUGCAUAUCCGCUUAAUGAAGAAAAUGAUACUACUCGAACAGCGGCGGUGUGUGUGUAUCCUAACAGAGUGGCAGAUGCAUGUGAUGCUAUUAAAAGACUAGGAAUCGCAAAAGAGAUUCAAAUAGCUUCAGUUGCUACAGGCUUCCCAUCAGGGUUGUAUCCCUUGCAAACAAGACUACAAGAAAUAAAAUUUGCCAUUGCAAGUGGAGCCACUGAAAUAGAUGUAGUGCUUGAUAGAAGCUUAGUUCUUAUGGGAAAAUGGGAAACAUUAUAUGAUGAGGUGGUGGAAAUGAAAAAAGCUUGUGAGGAUGCUCAUCUGAAAGUUAUUCUUGGUGUUGGAGAUCUGGGAACAUAUGAAAAUGUAUACAAGGCGUCAAUGGUAUCUAUGAUGGCAGGUGCCGAUUUUAUAAAAACCUCCACAGGGAAAGAAGCAGUAAACGCUACACUCCCUGUAGGCUUAGUUAUGUGUCGAGCUAUCCGCCACUUCUACUUAAAGACUGGAAGUAAGGUUGGUUUGAAACCAGCUGGAGGAAUAAAGACAUCUCAAGAUGCUGUCAACUGGCUUGUGAUGAUCUACUCAGAGCUAGGUGCCGAAUGGUUAACACCUGAAUUGUUCCGCAUUGGAGCAUCUAGUCUUCUCGCCGUUCUAGAAAAAGAUUUACUUCAGAAUGAUAAAUAAAGCCUGCCUUAUUGGAAUAUACCGUUACUUUCUAAUACAAAUGUUGUGAUGUGUAGAUGUUAAAGAAUCGGUUUUUUAAUAAAUAAAAGAAUAUAUUUUUAAA